AUGGGUGAGAUCCUGGACGUGGGGGAGUUGGGGAGCGGCAGUAGCAGCGCAUCUCCUGCUGCUGCUCCCCCUUCCUCUGUUGCUGCAACUCCAGUACCACCACCAGCAACAGUAGCGCCGUUAGCACCGUCACCAGCAGCAGCAGCAGCAGCAGCAGGAGAUGGAGGAGAGGAGGCCUGGCACUUCGUAGUACAGUCCCUUCAUUGUAUAUUUAUUCUUUCUAUUAGACCUCGAUUUCCUUCCCCCCUCUUCAUUCAGGUGUAUAGGCAGCUAGGGGGCCUUAGGGAGGCUGUACCCGCUGCUCCUGUGCCUCUAUCCUUCCCUCCAGCAGCAGCAACUGCAGCAGCAGCAACAGCAGCAGCAGCAACUACAGCAGUAGCAACUGCAGCAGCGGCAGCAAAUGCGGCAGCAGAAGAAGCAAAUGACCCUCAAACAACAGGAGGAGGAGAGGGCGCGUCGCCUACAGCAGCAGCAGCAGCAGCAGCAGCACCUGCAACACAGGCAGCAGCAGCAGUAGCAGCAGAGAAGAAGGGGGAAGCAGCAGCAUGCUGCUGCCUAGAGACCCUUAGAGGCAUAACGAGGGCCCCACACGUCUUCUCUUGGGCAGGAGAUGCUGCUGCAUGGUUAGACAGUACACCUGCAGCAGCAGCAGCAGCUGCUGCUGCUGCUGGUGGUAAUUAUGAGGCGCAGCAAGGGGGCACUCCACCAUGCCGCCGGCCUGCUGCUGCUGCUGCUGCUGCGCUGCUGCUGCUGGGACACAGCUCCUCUCCCUUGGGGAGCCACACACAGCUGCUGCAGGUGACACUGCAGCAGCAGCAGCAGCAGCAGCAGCAAGAGCAGCAACCACAGCAAGCCGCGCAACUGGAACUUCUGCCUGUGCAUGUGCUUGGGGCAGAAGAAAGCAGUAGCAGCAGCAGCAGCAACAGCAACAGCAGCAGCAGCAGCAGCUCAGUUGUGGAUGCAAAAGAAUUUGUUGGCUGGUCUGCUGUUGCCUGCGGUGGCCACGGGACAGGUUGGUUGGGUGCGUCUGCAGCAGCAGCAGCAAAAUCCUCAUCAUCAGCAGCAGGAGCUGCUGGUGCAACAGCAGAGGGUGCUUCAUCAUCAUCAUCAGCAACUGCAGCAGCAGCAGCAGCAGCAGCAGCAGCAGCAGCAGAAAUUCUCCUAGGGGGGUCUCCUUGGCUAUUUGCCUUUGGAGGGCAAAGCCGCGAUGCCUUCGGCCGAUGGCGUUUUAAUCAGGAGGCUUUCUUGCUGCUGCCUGUACACCGUAGCGUGCUGCGCCCAGCAGCAGCAGCAGCAGCAGCAGCAGAAAAAGGAGCAGGAGGGGAAGCAGAAAGAGCAGCAGAAGGAGCACAGGGAGAAACGGAAGGCACAGCGGCGAACUCUCCUACUUCUGCUUCGCCACGCCACCUUCCCGCUGCUGCUGCCGCUGCUGCUGCUGCUGCUCCAGAAACAACAAGUGCAGCAGCAGCAACUGCAGCAGCAGCAACUCGAGACCCCACAGGAGGAGACAACCAAAGAGGAUGGACAUGGGUUGGCCUAGGGAGAGAUGUAGGCAGCAUGCUGCUGCAGCGAUCGGGUGCUGCUGCUGCUGCUGUUAGCAUCGGCAGCAAGGCGGAGCUGCUGCUGGUGAAUGGAGGAACCAUCGUUGGAGAGCAGAAGCAGAAGCAGCAGCAACAGCAGCAGCAGCAACUGCAGCGCAGCAGCUCCAAGUUUAAUCAGAACAUGCAGUGCCUGCUCACCGAUACGACUGUGGCGCUGCUGCUGUCGGUACGAAGUGCAGCAGCAGCAUCUGCUGCUGCAGCAGAUGCAGCAGCAACAACAGCAGAUGCAGCAGCAGACGUGCUGCCUCUCCUUGAAACUCAAGAAUUACAAUUGGUCAUGUCAGGACCGCUUCCUGCUGCUCGCAUGGGGCAUUCUAUGACGGCCCUGCGGCGUUGUGGGGGUGGUUGUAGUUUUUUUAUAUAUGGAGGAGUUGGCGGUGAGGGGAAACCCCUUACUGACCUAUGGGAACUCCGCCUGUCUAUACACCCCGACAGCAGCAGCAGCAGCAGCAGCAGCGGAUUGUUCGUGUGUAGGGGACAGUGGCAGCAGCUGACGAUAGACAGUGGAGAGAUCGAAGGGCCCCUCAGUGAUGCAGCACCGCUGCAGCAAGAGAGGAAGCAGCAGCAGCAGAAGAAGAAGAAGAAGAAGAAGAAGCUGCAGCUGCAGCAGACUGUAAAGGCUUCUAGAAGAAGCAGUACUACUGUGACUGCUGACGACAGCAGCAACAGCAGCAGCAGCAGCAGCAGCAGCAGUAGCAGCAAAUCUGUUUUGCCGCCUCUUAUGUUCCCCUCCCUGGCGGCAUUUGAAGCCCACAGCUGUGGCUGCGCAAUGCCUUCGCCUCUUCCAUUAUUGCAGCAGCAGCAGCAGCAGCAGCAGCAGCAGCAACAGCAGCUGGAGGAGGAGCAGCAGAUACAGCCCCCCCGCAACAGCACAGCGGCAGGUAACAGCAGCUGUAGCUGCUGCGGCUGCUGCGGUUGCUGCAGCUGCUGCUUACCAGCCAGCGGUGCAUCGCCCAUGUGUUGCAGCUCGCAGCUGGCGGAUGCUCAUCGCAGCUGCAGUAGAAGCAGCAGCAGUAGCAGCAGCAGCAGCAGCAGCAGUAACAGCAGCAGCAGCAGCAGCAGCGCUGAUGUGGGCCGCUGCGGACCGAGCCACCAUUCGGUUCUUUUUAUAUGUGGAGGAUUUAACGUUCCUGCUGCUGCUGCUGCUGUUGUUGCUGCUGCUACUGCUAACGGUCUUGCUGCUGCUGCUGGUGUCAGCAAACGCCGCACUGCUGCGCGGGCGGCUGCGAAUACGCCAAGUGCAACAGCAGCACUAGGCGAUGCAAGUGCAGCAGCAGCAGCAGCAGCAACAGCAAAGAGCCCUUAUAAGGAAGGAAGCGUAGCAAGGAAGGGCUCUGUGUUGCGUCGAUGCAGAACUGUGGGGCGAAGAACUCUUAUCUGUCUUGGAUUUAGGCAGCAGCAGCAGCAGCAGCAACUCCUGUGGAUGCAGCAGGUACCGCUGCAGCAGAAGCUGCAGCCGCUGCAGCUGCUGCUGCAGAGGAAGCAAAAUCAGCUGCUAAAUGAAGACGCCUCCGAAGGCCACGAACAGCAAAACACUGACAGCGCUGCUGCUGCUGCGCAACCACCAGCAGCAGCACAAGCAGCAGCAGCACAAGCAGCAGCAGCAGCAGGUUGUACAGCAUCUCCUGACUGCGGUGGAAUCCACCUCGACACUGGCCCCACAGCGGGUGCAAGCAGCAAUAACAGUAGUAAUAGCAGCAGCAGCAGCAGUAGUAGUAGUAGCAGCAGUAGUAGUAGUAGUAGUAGCAGCAGCAGCAGCAGCAGUGACGGCGGAGCCCUUUUGGAGGGGGAAGCAGCAAAUUGCGGCGCUGUAAGCAGCAACGACACCAGCAGCGGCGACAGCAGCAGCGGCGACGGCAGCGACGGCGACGGCAGCAGCAGCGACGGCGACGGCAGCAGCAGCGACGGCGACGGCAGCAGCAGCGACGAUGCAAGGACAAGUAGCGACGGCAACAGCAGCAACAGGGGCAGCCGCUCCAGCAGCAAGGACAGCCGCUGCAGCAGCAGCAGCAACAGUAGCAGCAACGAAAACAGCAACACCGACGACAUCACCACCAACUGUAACAACAGCAGCAGCAGCAGCAACAGCAGCAGCAGCAGCAACAGCAGCAGCAGCAGCAGCAUCAGCGCAGCAAUGAACAACCAUAACAAGAACCAGAUUACUAUAGGCAACAUCAGCAACUCCAGGGGGAGCAGCAGCAGCAGCAGCAGCAGCAGCAGCAGCAAACCAAUUACUGCUGCACCAUUUGGCCUCUGGUACGCUGGCGACAACAAAGGAGAUGGGGAGACAGAGGACGGCGAAUUGCCUCCCUCUGCUGCAGACAACCCUCCUUCUGCUGCUGCUGCUGCUGCUGCUGCUGUUACUGCUGCCGCAGCAGCAACCUCAGGAGAGGCUGGGCGCGAAACAACUUCAGCGGCGCCAGCAGCAGCAGCAGCAGCAGAGGGGCAGCACAAGGAGGCUGUGGGCAGCACACACGGAAGCACCGCUGCUGCUGCUACCUUGCCGCGGCCGCAGCAAGAACAGCAACAGCAGCAGCAGCAGCAGCAGAAGCAGCAGCAGCAGCAGCAAGGUGGGGGAGGGCGCAUGGCAUCUGUUUUAGAGCGGCUUCGGAGGAAGCUGCGCGACAAACCGUCAGGAGCUGCAGCAGCAACAGCAGCAGCAGAAGCAGCAGCAGCAGGUACAGGAGAAGCAGCAACAUCAGGUGGCGCAAAGAAGACUGCAGGCAACGCAGCAGCAACCGCAGCAGCAGCAAAAGGCAGGCGUGGAGGGGAGCCUGCUGCAGCAUCCACUCUUUUAGAAGCAGCAGCUGGACCCGCAGCAGCAGCAGCAGCAGAAGCCGAUGCAGAACCUCUGGACAACGGGAGUGUGGGGUCCUCUUUGCUGCAGCUGCUGCACAGCACGCCUUCUUGGCCCCAUGCAGCAGCAGCAGCAGGACCAGGAGCAGCUGCAGCGGGACUCCCUGAAUCAGCAAUGACGACAACAACAGCAGCAGCAGGAGCAGCAGCAGCAGGAGGAGGAGGAGGCGGUUUAAACAAGAGCAGCACACCAAAGCCUGGAGACCCGCCAGGUGUGCAGCGGAAUUCCUCCAGCAGCGGCGGCAGCAGCAACAGCAACAGCAGCAGCAGCAGCAGCAGCAGCACCCGAUUGUGUUUUCGGCUACAGAAGAGUCCUGCUGCACUGCAGCACAUUCGCCGCUGCAAAGCUUUGCUAGAGAAGGACUUAGAGGAGGGGCAGGAGUUGGUGCUGCCCCCCGAGUGGGAGCGGCAGCUGCAGCAGCUGCAGCAGCGGCAGCAGCAGCAGCAGCAGCAGCAGCCAGUCCAGCGUCCCCCACCACCCCAGUGGGCUUCGGCUUCCAAGACUUCGCAGCAGCGCACCUCGCAGCAACAGCAGCAACAGCAGAAACAGCAACAGCAGCAACAUCACAGGCAGACGCAGCAGGCGCAGCAGCUCCAGCAGCAGCAGCGUCAGCAGCAGCAGCAGCUACAUCACAGGCAGCUGCAACAGUCGCAGCAGCCUCCGCAGUCCAUGCAGCAGCAUCAGCUCCAGCAGCAGCAGCUCCAGCAGCAGCUGCUCCUGCACCAUUGGCAGCAGCAGCAGCAGCAGGAUAAUCCUAACCGCCCCCUCUUCCUUGAGAUCCCCCCUCCUCCAGGCCUGCAGCAACUGCAGCAGCAGCUGCUGCCACCUCAGCACCCUGCGGCGGCGGCAGCAGCAGUAGCAGCAGCAGCAGCAGCAGCGGCAGAGGGUCACCAUCUACCCGUCUCCUCAGCACCAGCAGCAGUGCAUGCGGCGGUUGCUGCAGCAGCAGCCGCUGCUGCUGCUGCUGCUGCCUCUGCUGCUCCUCCCGCUGCAAAUUGGUGUGGCAACCCUGCACAGCAACAGGAGCAGCAGCUGCAGCAGCAGCAGCAGCAGCAGAUGCUGUUUCCCACGCAUCAGCCACAGCCACAGCAACAACAGCAACAGGUAUUAUUCCAAACGCCGCAGCAACAGCAGCAGAAGCAGCAACAGCACGUGGUGCAGCAGCAAAACCAUCAGCAACGCCGCCAACAGCAGAGGUUGCUGCAGAUGCCGCCGCCGCCGCAGCAGCAGCAACAAACCCAUCCCCACCAAGGGCAGCAGCAGCAGCAGCAGCAGCAAGCGCAGCAACAUCAGCACCAGCGAAUGCAACCGCAUCAGCAGCAAAUGCAGCAGCAGCAGCAGCGGCAGCAGGUGCAACUGCAACAGCACCGGCCUAUGCAGCAGCAGCAGCAGCAGCAACGGGAGGAAGGAGGAGGGAACUCUCAACAGGUGGGACCCCCAUGGAGGCGAACGCAGAUGCCCCAGUACCCAUCUGAGUUGCUGCAGCAGCAGAAGCAGCAGCAGCUUGCUGCUGCUGGUGGAGGAGGAUCUGGUGCUGCUGCUGCUCGUGAGCAGCAGCACAGCAGCAACCUGCUGCUUCCAGCACUGCCACCUCCUCCUUCGCUGCUGGCAGCGCUGCAGCAGCAGCGCCACUCCAGCAGCAGCGGUGAUACCGUGCAGCAGAAGCAGCAGCAGCAGCAGCAGCAGCAAAAGAUGCCACAGAACAUGGAGAUGCUUCUCCAUAAAGGCCGUCAGUUGCUGCUGCAGCUGGCAGCAGACGCGCACGCAGACGGCGACGCCUUCGUAAAGGAGUUUUGCCGCUUCUGGGGCAGCAGCAGCAGCAACAGCAGCAGCAGCAGCAGCAGCAGCAAGGAGAGCAGCUCGCAGGCUGCUGCUGCUGUUCAGUCGGCGCUGCCGCAUAGCAGCAAACCCAGCAGAUUGGACACCUGCAGCAGCAGCAGCAGACACAGCAGCAUCACCACCAGCAGCAGUAGAUAUAGCAGCAGGAGCAGCUGGAGCAGAAACAGCAGCAGGAGCAGCAAACGGACACGUAGGAGGGACAGCACCAGCCUCAGUAGCGGAAGCAGGCACAGCAGCAACAGCAGCAACAGCAGCAGCGGCAGCAGCAGACGUACAAAGCGGUCUACAACACGAUCUGCACGGCGUAAGCGGACUAGCAGGAAGCAACGCCUCUCUGCGAGGAGCAGAAGGCGCAGCAGUAGCAGCAGCAGCAAGAGCAGCAGCAGCAGCAGCAGCCGCAGCAGAAGCAGAAGCAGCAGCAGGCGUACCGUGAGGCGAGCAGCAGCAGGCAUAAGGGGCAGCAGAGCCUUGGUCUCUCGGCGGAAGCACCGGCGCCGCAGCAGCGGCGGCAGCAGCAGCAGCAGCAGCAGGCGAAAGGGCAGCAGCAGCAGCAGCAGCAGCAGACGGCAUCGUUCAGGAAGGCACCAUGGAAGCCACCGCAGCUCGCGUGUUUACAGCAGGCAGCAGCAGCAGCAGCAGCAGCAGCAGCAACAAUUUCCGGUGCGGAACAAGCCAGAGGACUCCUUGGUACCGGCCGCACCGCAACAGCAGCAGCAGCAUUUGCAACAACAGCAGCAGCUGCAGCAGCAACAGCAGCAGCAGCAGCUUGUGCUGCAGCGGUUGCUGCAGCAGAAGCUCCAUCCCCUACCCGAAGGUAUGAGGCGUUUGCUUCCCCCACAGGCUGCUGCUCAGCUUGCUGCUGCUUUCCCCUCCUCAGCAGCACUUCCUUCUGCUGCAGUUGCUGCUGCUGUUACUACAGCAGCAGCAACUGCAGCAGCAGCUGCUGCAAGCAGCAGCGUGAAUAAUGCUUAUCCCUCUGGCAUCCCAUGGAGCUGUCUCCGUCAGAAGCAAGAGCUGCAGCAUCAACAACAGCAGCAACCGAAGUCUCCUCACAGCAGCAGCAGCAGCAGCAGCAGCAGCAGGAUAGGCCUAAAAAGGGGAAGAAGAAGCCACAUAAAUUUACGGGGGAGAAAUUCAUCAAGAGAAGAAAAUAAAAGAAGAAAAAUUCAAAGACACAGACGGACCCGCAGCAGCAGCAGCAGCAGCAGCAGCAGGAGCAGCAGCAACAGAAGAACUAAGAGACCAAGCAGCAACAGAAGAACCAAGCGACCAAGCAGCAGCAGCAGCAGCAGCAGCAGCAGCAGGCGGCUUAGCAAGAGAACUCGCGACAAGCGGCUUGGCAACAACAGGAGCAGCAAACGCUUAGACAGUAACAGCAGCAGCAAGCGCUGCAGCAGUAGCAGCAGCAGCAGCAGCAGCAAACGGCUCAGCAGCAGCCACAAGAACCGACUCAGCAGCAGCAGCAAAUGUCACACGAGACGGCACAGGAAACGCGAAGUGCUUCGUCCCCGCCUUCGGCGCAGCAGCAGCAGCAGCAGUAGUAGUAGCAGCAGCAGCAGCAGCAGGCGACUUAUCAAGCGCAGCUCCAGCAGCAGCAGAAGCAGCCGAAGCAGCAGCAGUAACAGACGCAGCAGCAGACGGGGCAGCAGCAACGGCUACAGCAGCACGGCUCUGCAGCAGCAGCAGAGCUUCGAGAGCCCGGCGUCAAAGAGCAGCAGCCGCAGCAGCAGCAGCAGCAGCUCCCGCAGCAGCAUCACGAGCAGCAGCAACGACAACGGCAAUAGCAGCAGCUACAACAGCAGCAGCAACGACAACGGCAAUAGCAGCAGCUACAACAGCAGCAGCAACAACAACAGCAGCAGCAGCAGCAGCAGCAGCAACGCGCUAGAUCCAUUCAGCGAAGCUAGUGGCUAUGAGCAGCUGCAGCAGCACAAGCUGCGGCAGCUGCUGCAGCUGCGCAGGCAGCAGCAAGAGCAUCAGAGGCAGCAGGAGGAGCAGCGACAGCGGUGGCAGCAGCAGCAGCAGCAGCAACUGCAACUGCAACAGCAACAGCACCAGCUGCAACUGCAACAACAGCAGCAACAACUGCAGCAUCAGCAACUGCAACAGCAGCAACUGCAGCAGCAGCAACAGCAACUGCAGCAGUUGGCAGCAGCGCAGCAGCUUGAGGGGCCCAGGUUGCUGAUGCAUGCACGAGAGCCGCCAUUUCACCUGCAGCAGCAACAGCAGCAACAGCAGCAACAGCAGCAGCAGCACCAGCAGUAUUUGCUGCGGCUGGCAGAGCAGCAGCACCCGCAGCAACACAACGGGUACCCUCAGCAGCAGCAGCAGCAGCAGCAGCAGCAGCACCUGCAGCAGCUAGCUGAGCGUAUGGGUCGUCUGCGGCGAGAGAAAAUCCGUCAGCGAUGGCAGCAGCGCAGCGGGAAGACAUACGAAGACUCUGCUGCUGCUGCUGCAGCAGCAGCAGCAGCAGCAGCAGACGAUGAGGGCUCAUUAGGCAGCCCGCCGUUGCCACCAGAGAGCAGCCCAGAGGCUUCUGUUAAAUCUGAAGGAAGCUUCCCUGCUGCUGCUGCUGCUGCUGCUGCGCCUGCUGCUGCUGCUGGUAGUGGUUCUGCUAUUGGUGCUCAAGGAUCGCAGCUAUGCCCGUUGGCAGCAUCUGCUGCUGCUGCUGCAGCAGCAGCAGCAGCAGCAGAUGCAGCAACAGAGGUAGAUGAGAUGCUCGCAUACUUCGAUGCGCUGCAGCAGGCGGGCGUUAUCCCUGCUGUAGAUGAGCCUAUUAUAGACCUAGAGCAGCAGCAGCAGCAGCAGCAGUUGGAGCAGCAGGAGCAGCAGGAGCAGCAGGAACAGGAUCCAUGCAUGCUAGAUGCUGCUGCUGCUGCUGCUGCUGCUGCUGCUGCUGUUGCUGCAGACCCAGUAAAUGAUGUUAACAGCUCAUUCGUGCUGCAGCAAACAGAUAUAGUGCAGCAGCAGCUGCAGCAAAAAGAGGACGAGCAGCAAGGAGAUCUAGGGCUUGUAGAACAGGAAGCAGCAGCAGCAGCUGCUGCUGCAGCAGCAGCAGCUGCUGCUGCUGCUGCUGUUCCUGUAAGGGUGGGGACGCCGACCUCUGCAGCAGAUGUAUCUUCUCUUGGCAGCAGCAGCCCCACAACAUCAGACAGGCAGGGCCCUACAGCAGCAGCAACAGCAGCAGAAGCAGCAGCAGCAGCAGAUGCAGCAGAUGCUGCUGCUGCUGCAAGUACAACGGACCGCAGCGAUUCAGAUACAUCUCUUCCUGGUCAAUCAGCACAUGACACAUCUGCUGCUGCUGCUGCUGCUGAUACUGCUGCUGCUGCUGCUGCUGCUCAUGCUGCUGCUGAUGCUGCUGCUGAUGCUGCUGCUGCUGCUAGAGAGACAAUUGACGGCGCAGCACAGAACGCACCAACGGAGGAAGGCCUCUCUGGCAGCAACAGCAGCAGCAACGAGAGCAGCAGGAACGGCAACAGCAGCAACAGCAACGGUAACAGCAGCAACAGCAGCAACAGCAGCAACAGCAACAGCAACAGCAGCAGCAGCAGUUUGCUGCAGCAGUCAACUCUGCUGGUCGCCCCCCCUACUAGGCCUACGGGCUUUUUGCGUAUGCUAAGGGGUCUAAAGGAAAGAGCAGGCCGCUGCUGA